AUGCCUACGCUGGAAGAACACAUUUGUGCUACCCCUAACAAAUAUGAUGUGCUAUUGGUGAAAAAAGCAGGGAGGUACAAUGCAGAGGAUGAAGAGGUAAUGAAGAAGGUGGAGGCGCAAAACGACCUCGAGAAUUACACUUACAACAUGAGGAACAUGGUGAGGGAUGAGAAAUUUACGGCGAAGCUAACGGCGGAGAAUAAGCAGAGCAUUGAGAAGGCGGUGGACGAUGGGUUGGUGUAG